AUUACUUUGAAAACGACAGGAAGAAGUCUUGUUUACAUGGCUAGUAGAUCCUGCUCCAAGUAACGCUAAUUUAGCUGAGAGAAGUGAAAUGAUUAUUGGAAGAUAACUUGCUCUCUAAGAACACAUUGUUGCAUCCGUGCAACAUUAACUUGCCGAUAAGUUCCUGGUAGACUCGUUAUUGGGAGUGAAUCCUUGUAAAGAAUGGCGUCAGCAAAGGAUCCCUUUCAAUUUCAAGAAUUUGAAGAAGCUGGCAAUCUGUUAGAAGCCAAUAGAGAUGCAACCACCAUAAGCAUUGAGGAUGAUGUUGUCAACCCUGAGAAGCAGAGAAAAGCUACUGGCUUCACUCCUGAUGUUGAUAAUGAGGACCCACUUGGCAAUGAUGACGAGACAGAGCUUCUCUCUGGGCAAAAGAAAAGUGCCCCUUUCUGGACAUUUGAGUACUACCAAAGGUUUUUUGACAUCGAGACCCAUCAUGUGAAGGAAAGAAUCGUUGGAUCAGUGCUGCCAUGGCCUGGGAAGAACUUUAUUCAUGUCUACCUUCGUAGAAAUCCUGAUCUCUAUGGACCAUUCUGGAUUUGCACAACUCUUGUAUUUGCCAUUGCCAUCAGUGGAAACAUAUCCAACUUUCUGGUGCACCUAGGCAAACCAAACUACAGAUAUACUCCAGAGUUUCGAAAAGUGACCAUAGCUGCAACAGCGAUCUUCAGCUAUGCUUGGCUGGUGCCUCUUGCCCUUUGGGGGUUCCUGCUAUGGAGAAACAACAAGAUCAUGAACUUGGUGUCAUAUUCCUUUAUGGAGAUUGUCUGUGUCUAUGGAUAUUCCCUCUCCAUUUACAUACCUGCAGUGGUCCUUUGGAUUAUCCCAUAUGAAUGGCUGAGGUGGUGCUCCAUCGUGGUGGCGCUCUGCCUCUCUGGUUCAGUCCUGGCGUUGACUUUCUGGCCUGCAGUCAGGGAUGACCACCCAAAAGUUAUCAUAGCUAUCAUGUCAGCCAUAGUGGUGCUCAAUGUCCUGCUCGCUGUUGGAUGCAAGGCCUAUUUCUUCAGCAAACCAGAACCAGCACUACUAGUUGAAAAUUCUGCUGCAAAAGAGGUGAUCAAAGCAACUCCCUUGCAAUGAAAGCCUUUCAUUGUCUGAAGGUUCUCCUGUUGCCUUAUUAGAGAGAAUCGGGUUGCUGUGGUGAUGAAGUCAUGGGUCGUCUGGAUUUCACCUGCACUUGGACAUUCUGGCUUAAUCCUUAAAACCCAGUGUGUAUGGUUCAACUGCAUGACCUCUGAAAAUGUACACUAGUACCAAGUAUGUUAUUUCUAACUGGAUGGGUUCUAAACUUUUUUAAAGAUAAAGGUGGUAUGGUGUCACUCAGCACACGGGAGCUCUUAUAGUAUGGUAGUUUUCCGCUUUAUAGCUAUGAUGUUAAAAUAUUUAGAUAACUAGUCUGUGCAGUAAUGUUGGUGGCAUCAAAGGCAUUUUGUAUAUGCAAGUUUUUUUAUAUAUAUAUAUGCAAGUUUUAAUGGGAUUUGGCUAAUAUACUUUGUAUACAGAAAUUUCUGGAUGAACAGCAAAACAUCUACAGGUUUGGGUGAGAUAUUCAACAAAGUUAUUGUCUUUUCUUCAAACAGAUGUAACCAUAAGUGCUGUCAACUAAUGCCAAAGACCCAUCCUAAAUGUCCAAGAGAUUUACAACUUGUAUAAUUAUUUUUUUAUGAUUUCUUUCAAUGACAAACUGCAUUUGAUAAAAUGUAUGGAAUUAAAUAUAUAAUUUCUCAAUGUUUCUUGGGGGGGAAAAAAAGUAAGAUCCUUUGCUAUUAAUUACUAUAAAUUAUCACUGUUAUCACACUAGUAAUACAUUUACAUUCCACCAAAGCCAAUUUUAUAGCAAUUUUAGGUGUAUUCAUAAUUUACCAAUUAAGCUCAAUGUACAGAUUGUUCAAAUACUGUUUCUGUUAGUUAACUUUUAAAUUGUUUUCUGAAGAAUUUGAUUAUGAAUAUCUAAAACAAGGAUGGCCUAUGCUAAACACUGCCUGAAACUCGCAUCAAACCUUUAAAAAAAAUUCUAAAAGUAUGAAUAGAAUUUUACUAAAACACAAAAUUUUAUCACUGCAAAGUUUUGUCAUUUCAUUUCUGAAAAAUAAAUUGUAUCUUCCUACA